UAAUUAACCAGUCAUUAGUAUGGCUAACAAUCUGGUUUACCUGGUGACUGGUGGUUCUGGUUUCAUUGGUGAACAUAUUGUAACAUUUCUGCACAAAGAAGAAUAUGUGAAAGAAGUGAAGAUUUUUGAUGUAAAUGAAGGUGAAUUUAUUAAAGAUUUAAGAGGAGGUUCUACCACAAUUACCUUCAUUAAAGGAGAAAUUACUGACUAUAACCAAGUUCUGAAAGCUUUUAAAAAUGUCCAUGUUGUCAUUCAUGCAGCUGCUCUUGUGGAUUUUUUGGAUGAACAUCCAUUAAAGGAAAAAGAAGCUAUAAAUGUUGGAGGGACAGAGAAUGUUAUAAAAGCUUGUCUGGCCUCAGCUGUCCCCUUCUUACUGUACACAAGCUCAAUAGCUGCUGUUGGACCAAACACAAAUUUAGAUCCAAUGGAGGGAGUCACAGAGGAAACAAUCUAUCAUGGUGAGCUCUUACUGACUUAUGGUAAAACAAAGGCCAAGGCUGAAAAAUUAGUCCACUUGGCAAAUGGUAAGCAGAUGAGCAAUGGAAAGAAAUUAACUACUUGUUUCAUCCGGCCAAGCGGUGUCUAUGGUGAAAAGUCACAAAUUUUGCUGAACGCCUAUCAGUCUGCAAAAUCUCAGAAUAAUCGGAUAAACUACAUUCAAAUGGAGAACACUAGACAAGGCUACGAGUAUGUUGGUAACGUGGCCUGGAUGCAUGUACUCGCUGCUCGUCAGAUGCAGAUGAACCCGCAUGUCCUUGGUGGACAGGCCUACUAUGCAUAUGAUGACACCCCGGUGAAGCACAUAAAGGACUUGCAUCAGGAAUUGUUCACUGAAUUUGACCCUGAUAUACAAAUUGGGUCCCACAUUCCUUACUGGAAGAUAUGGUUGCUUAUAUCAAUUCACAGCUUGAUAAGAUUUGUUUUGAAGCCUUUUUGGAAACUGAAGCCCUUCUUGACUUUACCAAUCCUGAAGUUAGUGAGUGUUACAUUCUACUAUGACACCGACAAGGCAUUCAGACACUUUGGCUACAAGCCCUUUUACAGCUGGGUGGAAAGUAAGCAGAAGAUCAGCCAAUGGCUGAAACUGGAAACUGAAGAUCUGAGAAAGACUAAAAAGAAUAACUGAAAGCUAAUUCCUUUA